AUGCUCUUUGUCAAUUCGGCACGAGGUAUGUUGUGUCCCGAUGCUACUGCAAGCAACAUGCGUAUACUGAUUGACUGUUCUANNGCUCUCUUCACUCUGGUCGUUAUUUCAACGUCCACCCCGGCCUUCAUCGCGCUGAUCGUGCCAUUGGGCGGUCUCUACCUCUACAUCCAAAGGUACUACCUCCGGACUUCACGUGAAUUAAAGCGUCUGGACAGUAUCAGCCGCAGUCCUGUAUAUGCUCAUUUCCAGGAAUCUCUGAGUGGAAUCAGCACAAUUCGUGCUUACCAGCAAAGCAAGCGCUUCGCCAUGGAGAACGAAUGGCGUGUUGAUGCAAACCUCAGAGCAUACUUCCCUUCUAUCAACGCCAACCGCUGGUUAGCGGUUCGACUUGAAUUCAUCGGCUCUGUCAUCAUCCUUGCUGCCGCUGGUUUCGCAAUCAUCUCGGUUUCGACUGGAAGUAGUCUAUCUGCCGGCAUUGUCGGUCUAGCCAUGUCCUAUGCCUUGCAGAUCACCCAAUCACUCAACUGGAUUGUGCGCCAGACCGUAGAGGUGGAAACCAACAUUGUUUCGGUUGAGCGCGUCUUGGAGUACGCACGUCUCCCUAGUGAAGCUCCUGAGAUCAUCUCAAAGUACAGGCCGCCAGUGAGCUGGCCUUCCAAGGGUGCAGUCUCUUUCAACAACUACAGCACCAGAUAUCGCGAGGGGCUUGACUUGGUUCUGAAAAACGUCAACCUUAGCAUCAAGUCGCACGAAAAGAUCGGUGUUGUAGGCCGAACAGGUGCCGGCAAGAGUUCCUUGACUCUCGCCCUGUUCCGCAUCAUAGAGCCCACCGAAGGUGAUAUCACCAUAGAUGAUUUGAGCACUAGCUCUAUUGGAUUGUUGGAUUUGAGAAGAAGGCUUGCUAUUAUCCCGCAAGAUGCUGCUCUCUUUGAGGGUACUAUUCGUGACAAUUUGGAUCCAGGACAUGUUCAUGACGACACGGAACUCUGGAGCGCUCUAGGUAUGUUCGGAUUCUGUGCCUUGCUUUACGACUACUAA